UUUGACAUUUAAAAAAUCACUUAAUAAACAAAAUUACAAAUAUUUUUAAUAAUUAUAUUUAUAGCUAAGAGAAACUAUGUAAAAGUUGAAUUUAACUAAGCAUAUUUUUCAUUAAUUAAAUAGAACUGAGCCAUAGUUUACCUAAAACAAACAUGGAAGAUAAAACUUUUGUUUGGAAUCCUGAGCUAGUUACCAAGUUUUUAGAGGCACGAUUUGAAAACGAAUGGUUAUUUCAGAAAAAGAAACAACCAUGGAAGGAAUUUCAUAAAAUACUUCUUGAGAAUGGAUUUCCACAAGAAAUGACAAUUGACCAUGUUAGAAAGAAAUGGUCAUAUACAUAUGAUAUGUAUAAAGUUUCCAAAAAAACUAAAAACAAAAGUUGGAAGUACUACAAAUUAUUUGAAAAGAACUUAGAAAUAUCCAAAGCUUUAGAGAAAUAUGCAUCAUGGAGUAAUGAGUGGCGAUUGAAAUUAAUAUGUUCUAUAUCUGAGACUAAAAAAUCUAAGAUGGAUUUCCAUACAAUGUGGAGGAUGGUAGAGAAAUCAUUGCGAAUGGAAGGUUUACCUGAAGAUUGUUACAUACAGGAUUUAAAAGGCUUGUGGCAUCACAUUAGAAUGACAUUUCAGCGUAAACACAGAAGUAAAUUAAGAAAUGGCACCGGUGGUGCGGAUGACUGGCCUCUAUAUGAACCCAUGUUGACUUACUACCAGAAGUUUGAGCCAAGUUAUCUAUCUUGGAUAGAAUCGGAUUCGCCGAGAAAAUUCAUCAAUGAAAAGAAAAAGACAGACAAACAAUUCCAGGGAUUUAACAAUGAAAGAAAAGAAAAUUAUACUGAAGAAUUUCAAUGGUCUAAAGAUAUUACCGAAUCAUUUAUACAGAUUCGUCUGCAGAACGAUUGGUUAUUUAGAGAAAGGAAAUGGGCAUGGAACGAACUGAAGAAGAUUAUGGCAGAAGAGUAUGAUUUUCCAACUGUGUUAACAGGGAGGGAACUCUGCAAGAAAUGGGCAUCGACUUAUUCUGAAUACCAAAAGGCGAAAGCGACUAAUAACAAAAGCUGGGUGUACUACACGCUGUUUGAACUAUACCUGGGAGAGGGCAGUAUGAAUCCUAUUAUCGAUUGGCAGGAGGAAUGGGUGUUUAACUUGAUAAGUUCGCGGACAGAUUUGCGUCAUCUUUUCAGAAGUACUAAGGAUCAUAUUAAAGGUUGGAGAGAAGUCGAGAAGAAGUUGCGGAACAUCGGUAUGCCUAUAGACCACAGUCUGUUGGAUAUAUCAGAAAUAUGGACAUACUUGUUGAAGACGUUUAAGUGGAAACAGAAAUUUGCUAAACAAGGUCUACUCAACGAGCAAUGGCCGUACUAUGACGCGAUGUCGAGUUACUUUGAAUUGGAACGGCAAUACAACUUAGAGAAAAAGGACCAUAGGGUAGAAGUAGAAGUUACGCCUUUAGAGGAGGAUGAAUACGAAGAUGACAUGAAACUACUGGACCUGAAACAGCUGCUGCAGGUGAAGCCGGAGCGCGAGUGUGCUGGACAAUGCAGGUCCUGUUUCAAUGAGCCAGGUUGUGUCAAUGUGUUCCAGGAAAAAGAUGAAGACGGCGUCGAAUUGGCAUACAAGUUGAAACUCAUAGGAGGUAUCCAGGUGAAUCAAUCCGAUAGUUUGCCUUCACAGAUCUGUUUAAAUUGUGCGAAUCAAUUAGAAAACGCUUACAAAUUUCGACGGAAAUGUCAAGAAAUAGAUCGUCAGUUACGAAAUACUUGUGUAGGAGAAAAGAUAAAAGUAGAACAUAUAGCUGAAACCAAUGAAGGUGCGGGAGAAGUUUUGCACAAUCGCGGGACUAAUAAUGAUUUAAUGGACACGUGUCCCAACGAUUAUCUUAUGUCCAUAGAUAAGAAACCAAAUGUAAAACAAGUUAGAACUAAUAAACAAAAUGCUAUAAGGAAAAAGAGAACUCGCAAAUUGAUAUAUCGUUAUUGGAAGGUUUGCGAAAUAUGUGGGAAGCAUACGAGCAAUCUGGUCGCCCAUCUCGAUAUGCACACGGCUGACAAAUCUUACUCGUGUGAUUUGUGCGAUAAAAAAUUUAAAUACAAGAGUGGUCUGUUGUUACAUAAAUCGUCACAUAAUACUACUCCUAGGAAGACUUGUGAAGUUUGCGGGAAGACAUUCCAUGUGAUGGCUCAGUAUAGAAGACAUUUUGCGUAUCAUGCUAACGAGAGGAAAUUCAGUUGUGACGUUUGCGGGAAACGGUUUAAUUCAAUGGAGAUAUUAAAAGUGCAUCACAGGAUACAUACUGAUGAGAGACCGUUCCCUUGUCCCGAAUGUGGCAAGACAUUCAGAACUGCGGGAUGUGUUAGUAGACAUAAACGAAUUGUGCACAAAAGUUCAAAAACUAAGUAAAAUUAUUAAUUUAAUUGGUAUAGGUGUUCUUAUCAAUGUAUUAUUCUGCA